AAAAUGUGUAUUUAAAGCACGACUGUAUUGUAUUCAAUCCAUUUAAGUAGUAACGUUGCAGAUAUGGUAAAAUUUCACUUGACUUUGCUUUUGUUUGCAUUGCUGACAUCGGUUGAACCUCAAAGUCCGAAAAUACCAGACACCCAAUUAAGUUUUCCACCAAUUGGGUUGGGUGUAACAUUUGGAGACAGUGGACCAGAGGGAAUCAUUAAAAUUCCGGACAAAAAUAAUUCACCUGUAACAGCAUGGGCAUCUUCAAAUUUCCGUGGAAAAGUUGGAGGGGGUCUAAAUGUUAAGACACCAAAUUUGGAAAUUACGGGCGAGGGAUCAGUAGAUACUGAUGGACGUUGGGAUGCAAGCCUCGGUGUUAAAAUGGGCAAGUUUGAUAUUACAACGUUCGGUAGAGAUGCAGGGAGAGGUGUAGAAGUUGGAGUCGGGGUAGACAUUAGGUUUAGAAGAUCUUUCAGAGAAAGAACAGGAGCAGGAGGAGGAGGCAGAAAGAAUUUUCAACGGAUGGUGCAGCAGAGGUUUAAAGAAUAGGACUCGUCUUAAACGUUGAUUAAAACAUUGCUGUGCAAUAGAAAAUUUGACUAUGAGAAUCCAAAAGCCAUUUGGAAGUUAUAUGAAAAAGCCUUAAGUAAAUUGCCGGAAAAAAAGUAUGGAUUUGUUUAAAGCGCUUUUGCUAUAAUCUCACUCUCUUUGCACUAUUAAAAGACGUAUUUAUUGUCAGAAUAAAGGGACAAGCUUCAAGAUUC